CAGGGUAGCCGGAUAAUUUCCGCCAUUCUGGUUUGCUGGCCACUAUCUAGUGUAGCGUUGUUCCGUGAGACAAAGUGACAGACCAGCAAACAAACUCCCUUCUCCGAGACCAUAGCCUUGCUGGUCUUACGCGACGUCCUUCCAAGCCGGUGUCUCGGUAGUUUUAAUCCUUUUUUUUUUUGCACUUUUUUCAUCGUGUCUCGCGGCAGGUUAGCGCUUUGCGACUCGUCUAGCAAACGGGUUCCCAGACAGCCAACCAACCAACCUCUCGUUCCUCACGCUCGGAGCGACGACCGUGACUGAAGGCGCACCGGCAACACCAUGAUUCGCAGGCCUGUGGGAAAUGCGUGGGCGGCGCGGCUGUUGAUUAACCGGGGAGUUCGCGCGCCUUCUGCCACGUGGACGCGCCUCUCGUCAACCGGAACGCCCAAGACUUCGGAGGCCGGUGCCGGCAAGCCCUUCACGGGCGCGGCCGAGGCGGCGAGGAGUUCCAAGUGGGAGCGCACCAAGAGGCGGUUGUGGCAGGAGGUCCCCAAGACCCGGGAGGAGUGGCGGCGGCUGAUUCUCCUGGCCAUUGCGAUUCAGAUAGUCUGGACUGUGUACGACAACGUGCGUGACUCUGCGCCUUCACCCGUCCCGCCUAUCGAAGCCGCCGCGUCGGAGGAGCUGGUGCCCGUCGAGUCUCCCGUGGAAGUCCUCGAUCUCAAAGCCGCCGAUGCCAAGCUGCGCAAGGAAGCCCGCAGCUUCGUCUUCGAGGGCCAGGGUAAAGUGCAGGGCCGCGUGGACGUGGUCCGCGUGUCGAGCAACCACCCCGUCGAGGACGAGUGGGAUCUCGCCGUGGCCAAGGGCGUCGACGGGGCCAAGACUCUCUAUUCGGGAGUCUACGAUGGGCACGCUGGUUGGGCUACUUCCAAGGUGUUGAAGCAGUCCCUCGUCUCGUAUGUGUCGGCGGCCUUGUCCCGCGUGGCUGCGGAGACUUCUGGCAACGUGGUGGACGACGCUAUCAAGAACGCCUUUGUUCGUCUUGAUGACCGCAUCACUGCUGAUGCGACCAGCGCCAUCAAGGCUGGCUACGAGCCUGGUGCCGCCGAGGUCAUCUCGGCCAUUGCCCCCGCCAUCGCCGGAAGCUGUGCCCUUCUUUCCAUCUACGAUCCCCAGACAUCGACCCUUCGCACUGCUGUCACGGGAGACUCCCGCGCUGUCCGCGGCGCCUGGUCGGCGACGGCCCAGAAGUUCCAAGCUGACCAGCUGAGCGUCGACCAGACCGGCUUCAACAAGGGUGAGGUCGACCGCAUCGACCGCGAGCACCCGGGUGAAAAAGACGACAUCCUGAGCCCCAGCUCCGGCCGGCUUCUUGGCCUUGCGGUGACGAGAGCCUUUGGCGACCACCGCUGGAAGUGGACCAAGGAGCAGAUCACGACGGCAAAGGAGGACUUUUACGGCACCAGCCCGCGGCCCAAGUACCUGACGCCCCCGUACAUGUCCGCCGAGCCCGAGGUCACGACGCGCCAGAUCCAGACGGACGACUUUGUGAUCCUCGCGUCCGACGGCCUCUGGGACAUGAUCAGCAACGAAGACGCCGUCACCUGCGUGUCGCGCUGGCUCGCGGCCAAGAAGGCCGGCAAGCCCGAGCCGGUCAAGGAGACCAAGCACGUCGGCGGGCUGCAGGACGGCUGGACGGCCACGCCGGAGCACUUUGCCAUCGAGGACCUCGACAGCGCGGCCGUGUGCCUGGUCAAGAACGCGCUCGGCGGAUCGCGGCGGAAGCUGUUCCUGGGCGCCGUGACGACGUACGCGCCGAUGAGCCGGAAUGUGCGGGACGACAUGACGGUGCAGGUGAUUUUCUUCAAGGAUCCGUACCAGAGCAAGGCGUGGAGGAGAGCGUUUGGCGUCAGUGACUCUCGGUAGAAGGGUUGUGGCACUUGCUGGUAAGCCCGGAGUUGUGUGAGACGGAUGCUUGUUUGGCGGAGGAUAUUCUUGUUUAGCUGAGGAUGCUUUUGUUCAGCUGGCUAUAUACCUGAUCCCUUCUCCUUAUUGACAGUCCCCCGACCUUUUAGGCCUGAGGAAAUUUACUCUGAUACCUAAAACAUCAUUAUUCCACUUAGCUCCCAGAGAUUUGGCCC